AUGCCGAGGUCGUGUGGAGCCUUAGGGCUGCAGUACAAACAAGGCCAGCGGCGGAAAGGAUGGCGAGGCCAGGCUGAGAGCGCGGCGCGGAUGGACCCUGUGUCCCGAGGAGGGGUGGAGGACACCGAGCCCACACUCAGUGCGUGUGAAGGGGAGCAGGACAAGGGCGGAUCCUGCAGGGCCCUGCUGCCCUGGCGGGGCCGAGCCAGGCCGUGCUGGCCCCCGAGCAUGGCCCUGAGCUCGCAGGAGGGCAUCCGUGUGUUCUAUGACUUGGAGCUGGCACAGAUCCAUAUUUUGCAAGAGGAAGGGCAAGAAAAGGGUGCAGAAAGCAAGGCGACAGAGAAACUGCCAGACACGCUCUUGAUGGAGGUACAACAACUGAGUCCAUCUGAAGAGGGGGAAGGAAAGGAAGUUUUUUCCACUGUUGGGGAAACAAAGAGUCAGAGCUGCAAAGGGGGUGAUGAUUUGCCAGACUUAUUCAGUGAAAGUAAAGAGCAGGAAUAUCCAACUGCAUCAGAACAAACAGUUGUAAGAAAUUUCAAGAAUCUAAAAUUUGAAGCUUGUGCUGCACAUCAAGAAAAAGGAAAAAAGCAGUGUUUCAACUGUUUUUUUUGCACAUUCACCUCAGUCAAAUUAUCAAGUCUUAGGCGUCAUUUGAAAACCCACUCAGAUGAGAAACGUCACGUGUGUCACCUCUGCCCAAAGGCCUUCCGUACAGCAACUCUGCUGCAUAACCAUGUGAACACACAUACAGGGAACAAACCCCAUAAAUGCAGUGAGUGUGACACAGCCUUUGUGACCCGAGGGGAACUUUCACGACACAGGAGGUACAAACACACUUUGGAGAAGCCUUUCAAGUGCACAAUAUGUGAAUACUCCAGUGUAGAGGCCAGCAAGAUGAGACGUCACGUUCGCUCGCACACGGGAGAGCGGCCCUACCCCUGUCACCUGUGCAGCUAUGCAAGCAAAGAUGCCUGCAAACUGAAAAGGCACAUGUUAACUCACACUGGUGAAAAACGCUAUGAAUGUUACGUUUGCCAAGCCAGAUUCACUCAAAGUGGUACCAUGAAAAUCCAUAUGUUACAGAAGCAUGGAGAAAAUGUGCCAAAACACCAGUGUCCACAUUGUAGUACUUUGCUUUCCCGAAAAAGUGAUUUGGGUGUCCACCUGAGGAAUCUGCAUUCCUACCUGGAAGAGGCAGUGAAGUGCAGGGACUGUGAGGCAGCUUUCCACGAGCGCUACGCUUUCCUUCAGCACAGGAAGACUCACAGGAAUGAGAAAAGAUUCAGAUGUGCUCAGUGCAGCUGCACAUUCAGCCAGAGUAAUAUGUGUAAGCAUGCUGAAAAUUGUGGAUUGGUGAGGGCAAAAACUGCUACACCCAGAAAAGGAAGCAAAGACAAAAAUAAAAUCCACGAGAGCCCAAAGCAUGCCAAGCCAGAAGUUGCCCUGAAAUAAUUCCAAGAUGACUCUACUGUGAAAAAUGAACGUUGUGCCACCUUGCAAAUGCUCCCAUCUGAGUUUGUGAUCCUCCAUUUAGCACCAGAUCCAAAUCACUCCUAUGACUUUGAUUUUAAUUAG